CGUCACAGAGAGGAGGAAGCCUGUAUCCUAGCGAGCAACGACGCUGAAGUGAGGGUUGUACACCUGGUGCAGCCAGUCUUCCCACAGCUCUCUACAAGGUAGCAGCAGCAUCGGGUGAUGCAGGCCAUGCACAGCGUCUUUGUGAAGCACGUGACAAGGUGUAGGCAGGCGGUUCCACACCACGAGUCGCUUGCUGCGCGUGACUGACUGGCCAUGCAGCACAAACCUGCGUUACAAGACUUCUUUGGUUUGGUAGCAGAACAGAUUCAAAGAGCGAGAUCCAACAUCAGUUGCUACGGAGACGGAAGGAAGAGCCUGGCAGCUGUAGAGGCCUUCCCUUUGUGGCGACAUCCACGUCACAUGGUGAUGACGUCAGGAGACCCAGGCGCCAGGGAGCCUGUGUGAUCGCCUGCACAGCAGAGACGUGUGUACGGGUAUCUGUACCAGAAGAGACGUGUGUACGGGUAUCUGUACCAGAAGAGACGUGUGUACGGGUAUCUGUACCAGAAGAGACGUGUGUACGGGUAUCUGUACCAGAAGAGACGUGUGUAGCUGUGCCAACGCUGACGAAACAGGCUGCCAACAAGUGGCUUUCUGUGCACAUUGCAACUCCCACAUAUUACGACACUGAAUACAGGUGUCGCCGAGCACAAGUAGCGAGGUGCCGUGCCCCUGCAUUGGUUGUCUCCCAGAUGCCGUCUGCCCAACAAGAAAUGCGUUCGCGAGAAGCAUGGCCGAGGCAGAUGACUGGACGUCAGGCAGACGUCAGCCAGGAGGGUGGCACCAGGCUGUUGUCCCGCAAGAGGAAGGCUGACGUUAGCGGCGGUGAGGUGGCAGUGGAAAUGCUGCCCGAGUUGUCUCGCAAAGUCUUCGUUGCAACUGUCAACCCGCCACAGCCACACCAGCAUCUCCGGGACAACUCGCCCACUCCACCUACUCGCCACGCGACUGGCUGUAAACAGAAAUCUCACAAGUCUGCGCAAGCUCGUUUUCCCGCAAAGCUAAGUCCGCAGCCCACCCAAGAGCCCCCAAAGACCGACAUGCCUCAUGUACACGUGGCUGUUGACAGCGAGUUACCAAACACCGGACUACAGGAGUGGCAAUAUCGAGAGUCGGAACACUGUAGAAGCAGGGCGCGCUGUCCAAAGUGCAGAGUUCGUGGUCUGCUACUCAUGCUGGUGUACAGCGAGCACCAAAGGCUGUUGAGACUCGGCCGCCCAGAAAGGACCUCCUUAAGACGGAGGAGCAGGUUCAUGGGGAUUGUGAAGAUUAUCCCCCUCAGAUUAGCCGCUCUCAACAUAGCCGUGGUGACUAUCAGUCUUCGGUUGACGACCUGCUGGCCUAUGGGACCGCUAUCUUGCUGACACAGAACAACAACAGUCUGCCGGCAGGCCGACACGUGACGUCACGUGGGCAUGGGUCGCGCCGGCGAAACUGUCGGGAGGUGCAGACCAACAUGAACUUUUCUCAGCAGCUGGAUGGUGAAUAUGUCUUUGAGUACAAUUACAGACGGAGACAAGUAUUUCUGCCUCACCUAUCAUCAUCUCACACCCCCAACCGAUUGAAAAAUCACGCAGGAGAAAGAUUCUACAACGAGUAUGACCCCCAAAUAAAGUCGGUUUCUGUGAGCAAACGCUUACACCACCUGGGCAAGUGUCUGGAUUACGAGUGUCUUCGCAGAAGAGGUGAGGCUCUACACGACGACAUAGUAAGGAGUCUGAAUCUGCUUAACAAAACCUGGGCUACUGGCGGGUCCAGAGAAGGAACAAAUGUUGCAACGACCUCAAGAAACGAUGGCAAAAAAGGUCAAGGGGCAUUUCAGCAGACAGCCAUGCCACAGCCGGAUGUAGUCACAGUAUCACGGCCGUCACAAGUGUUUUUAAUGACAGGUAAAGACAAUGGCAAGGAGUCUUUUGACAAGCGACCCGAUGACAAUGUAUCCUGCAAGUACUCGGUGGACCAUAGAAAUGCGCCACAUACCCCGACUUCCAUUCCCAAUGCCUCUCAGAUAAAUGCUUCAUGGGGAGGAGGUUCUGAAAGGCACCUGACUUGUGAGGAGAAGAUAGCUAGGUCCUGUACAGCCAACAAGGAGUGUCUGACCACACGACAAGGUCAUAGUGAUGGCAGCCAGCCCAGCAAAGGUAGGCAGCAAGAAGUGGCUGGGCAAAAGGGAAAUGUAUCCAGCCAAUCAUUGCACGACGCCCUGUUGACACGUCGACUGAUCACCGGCCACAUCACCGCCACCCUGCAUAACGGCUUCCAGAAUCAAACGGCGUCCACCAAUCAAGCACGAGUGCAGAGCGGGGAAAAAAGAACUCAGCUCGGAGGUGACAGUAAGGCUGCUCCUGGCACCUUGCGGUCUAAGGAAGAUGCUGUUGCUACCAAAGCCACUAAUCUUUCGUCUCCCUUCGGCUCGAAUGUCUCCAAAUACCCCACCUCGCAAAGUAUGUCUCUCGCCGUCCAUGGAUCAGGGGAAAAUAAAUCUUUAUCUGCAAGCAAGUUGCUAGCCUUUUGUGACUCUAACUUACGUAAGUCUUCUAUCCGUGGCAGUUCUCUUGCUGCCUUUCCUCUGCACAGAAACAGGUCUCCACCAAGUCGAGGCUCCAGGUACACAGCCAGCAAGUCUUCCUUCCCUUACAUCGCUGCUACCAGUCCAUCUGGAAAAGUUUCACAUUCUGGACCUACUAAUCCUCCGAGGUUUCUUGCCGCCUCUUCUAUCAAAGCUUGUGUUUCAAGCGAUCUCAACAGAAAGCAAUCUUCUUGCCCUACUGUAACGAUAAGUCAAUUGACAAACGAUAGAAAAAGGUUACCGUCUGCUUUGUCUGCCAACCAGCUAACAGCAUUCCCCAGAACCCCUAUAUCCGCUCUCUCCUUAGAUUCCGGCAACAAACAGCCUCCUGAUUCACCCAGAAAAGAAUCAUCGCUGCUAGCCAAGACUGCGUUGUCAUCUGCCUCAACAGUUGAUGGGCCUUUCCGAUUCCCUUACUCUAGUAAAAGUUUCUUACAUUGUGAAUACUCCAGUAGCGCCAAUGCGGCACAUGACCCUUCUUCAUCUGUGACCCUAACUAGGACUGCCGCGAAGGACUGUACGUCACCAAGGACCACCGCGAGGACUGCUUCACAUUCUACGUCACCAGGUACAAGUGUUGUAUCCCCAAGAAGUGUUGUAUCUGGCCCCUCGUCGCCAGAGAUCCUCAUCUCACCAGGGAAACAAAGGAGCACCAGGGAAACGUCGUCGAAUAUCGCAAUGAGUGUAGUAUCAGGCUCCAGCUCACCGAAAAUCUCCCCGAACACCACCUUGUUUGACCCCAUGUCACCAAGGACCCCCACGAAGACCGCCUCGAGAGAGCGCACCUCACCAAGAACUUCCCCGAGGAGUGCGGUAGUCACUAACCCAUCCGUUAGGGCGUUUCCCCAAAGUCCACGUGACGCCAGUACUACACAAGCCGCCGUGUGUGCAGAGCGUGGCGGUUGUGAUUGGCCUGAAGUUCUGUCGGACCCCGACUCGCCCCCAGCUCACUUAACUACUUCUCUUGCCUCGAAUACUAGUUUCAACAAGCCGACAGCUUUCUCCGCGUCCUUGCGUGAACCCGUCACCUCCGAUUUGUCCAUUUCUCGACAUUCAGAUCCACUGUUUUCCGCAACAUCUCGAGCUCAAGACCAGUGUGUCGAGGUCGAGCUUAACCUAAACCAAGGUCGGAGCAGAACUGGGUUCGGGACUGACAGCAGCGACCGGGACAGCACAACAGAUGGUUCAAGGGAAAUGGUUGUCAGGCAACCAGACCAAGACAGGUGUGGUGGGUCAGCUGAGCAUGCACAUGGAGUCAGGGCACAAGCUGACGAAACAGCGGUAACUACGGCAGACAAAUGGGCUCUCUGCCCGGGCACGUGGGGCACGCUGAGGCGACUGCUCGUGCUGGUGCUGCCCUUGGCCUUCCUGCUGAGUAGUUUGACCAGCAGACAGUGCACCAUCACGGGCGAGCCCUUCCUGCGUCUGGAGAGAGUCCUCGACGAUGUUCUAGGGCACCUGUCUCUGCACCAUGUGGCGCCACCUGCCAUGUAGCCUUCUCCUGAUAUACAGCGCCACCUGUCUUAGGCGUCUCAUCCUUUCCUAGGCAUGCGCGUUGUUUCUUUUGUGCUUCGUGAGAGGGUUCGAUCAAGUGAAGUUUGAAAAUGUUGCGGGAUGAAUGUUGACGUAUACAAAUGUGUCGCCUUGCUGCCACAAAUUCUCUUGUAAAAUCCUUAAAAUUCAUCUUCCUUAAUUGUAAAGAGUCUCAUUGUUACUAAAUAUUGUAAAUGAGUUCAUGGUCCAAGACCACAAUGUUUUAGUAAAAAAUUGUAAAGAAGAAUAUAAGACUGCAAAAUGUUACUAAGGUGUCAACAGUCCAUGGUCUGUUUGAUACGCAGGUAAGCCACGUGCAACAACUGGCACCUGUCUUUUCCUCCAGGUGUGCAGGUUUGGCCUGAAUAAAACCACCUGUUGCUGUUUCCUUACUAGUAUUUUAGUCCUUCGCUCCUGGCACUGGCAACCUUGCCUCACUGUUACAAUGGCACUGGGCAGGCUUAGCUUGACAGGUCCACAGACGGACAGAAAGACAGACAAGCAGGGAGACCAUAGGAUUGUCUUCUUCUUGCGGUUUGCUCUUCAUCUUCCAUCACUCCGUUUGAUGUAGCAUUUCACAGUGACAGAAAUAACUAGUUUAUAUUGACAUAAUAAACGUAGAGCUCCUAUUCAGGGAGAGAAUAUCAAA